AUGUACCCUCAAUAGUCCUCUUUAGCAAGAUUACAGAGGGAACAUCGUUUGAUGCCUGUGGCGUUGUAUUCUCCGUAAAAAGAGAAUCUGCAGAGAUUACUGCCUCGAUAUCCUGAGAGUGUGGAUGUGGGAACCACUAGCAGUAAGUAUUAGGGGAAUGUGUCAUUGCCUGCUUUGCCUCCACUGAAAAAGUUGAAUAAGAUAGAGUAGACAGUAUAGAUUUAUAAGGGGAAAGUGAACAAAUUGCCCUCUCUGCAAUUAAGUGAUCAAUAUUUGCAAAGGAAAAAACAGAUAUCAGAAACUGAUGGGAUGAGAAAAUCGAUCACGCCAGAGAGGAGACAAGGAAAAAGGAGUUCAGUUUAAUUCGCAAUGAGAACUAAGGCAGGAUGUUAGCCUAACAAGGUGACAAAAAUAAAUCAGGAUGCAGCCAUAUUGUGUCCAAAGAAUUUAGAAAAUAUGGGAUAUAAGUUCUUUGCUGUUUGUGAUGGACAUGGAUAAUAUGGUCACAUGGUCUCCAAUUAGAUCAAAUAAUAAUUGCCCAAGCAUCUCGGAAAACUAUUGAAAGAAGUGGGCAACUUAGAGAGCAACAUCUUCAGGGCUUUCGAAAUAACAAACAACGAAUUGUGCAAUUCAGAAAUCGACACCAACUUGUCUGGAUCAACAACUGUAUCUUUGCUCAUGAUCAAAGACAUUAUUUACUCUGCAAAUGUCGGGGAUUCCAGAGCAAUCAUGUGUAGAUUCGAUGAUGGAUGGUAGGUAGUGGAAUUGAGUCGGGAUCACAAACCAGAUGACCCACAAGAAAAAAUAAGGAUCUUGGAUGCAGGAGGGAGAGUCGAAUAAUAGAAGGAUUUCCAUGGCAACGGCAUUGGACCAUUUAGAGUUUGGCUGUCUUACAUCCAGGCUCCUGGGUUGGCAAUGACCAGGUCAUUUGGAGACAAAGUUGGUGCUUAAGCUGGAGUUAUUGCUGAGCCUGAAAUCUAAAAGUUCUCUAUUAGUGCACAGGAUCAAUUCAUUGUCGUUGCGUCGGAUGGAGUGUGGGAGUAUAUGAGUAAUGAAGAGGUGAUGAGUGUUGUGAUUCCAUUUUUGGACAAAGAUAAUCCUGAACAAGCAGCUGAACGAGUUGUAAUUGAAGCCACGUAGGCAUGGAGAAGAAACAGUUUAGCAAGGGACGAUAUUACUUGUAUAGUUAUAUUCUUAUAAAAAUGAAAAAUUUAUUAAUUAUAAAAUAUCA